UGCACUUUCCUUGUGUCGCCUGAAAAUCAGUGCUCGUGUCGAAUUCGUUCCAACUUCGCGAUUAUGGCAAGUGCGCCUCAAGCGAGCCCCGACUCCGCCGUACAAAGCACUCCAAAUUCUUCGAUUCUUCCUUGCAUCGGUGAUCCAGUCCUCCAUCGGGAGCAAGAUUCAGAGCGGCGUAUCAUCAUGGAGGCGUCUGUUAGUCGAGAGGUCGUGUUUGUGGAUCUACACGGGGGUAGCAUAAAUGCGAACUCUAACUUCUCAGGCGUACGCCUUCUCACUGCCGCUAUAAAGUCUCUUGAAGCUGCAGAUGCCGCGACGCAAUGGAGAGGCAAGGGCUUCUACGACCUCUUCGGGCAACAAGACGGGCCCGCAACGCUCUCCACCGAUGUUGGGACCGAAAUACCAGCCUGUUUUUUGUCCCUCUGUUGGCAGGAAUGCCCACUUGCCGUGGAUGGCCGAUUCUCAGUGCCCCUUGCCCUAAAGGACGCGCCCGGCCCCACCAUAUGGGCCUGGAUCCUUAUGUUCCCCGAGCAAACUAAUUUGGCCGGCGUUGUGGUGGAUGAGGUUAACGAAGGUGCUGUUCCUCCUCCAAGGGCCGUGUUUCUGCCGAAACGAGCGCGUCUCCUACGAAGUGUACGGAAGGACGAGGGAGAGGCUACGACGGAUUUGAUGCCGAGCAGCGCUAUCCAAAGACGAGUUCCUACAGCCAGUUCGGAAGCAGAGAUCGCAGCCAAUCCUGAGAUCUACACCGAGGACCCAGGUUCGUACGGAAAGCCCUUCUCCAAUCCGGAGCGCAUCGUUUCCGAAACCUCAGUAUAUAGCGUCUUUCGAGUGGAGCAGCCGGGUCUUUCGGUAGCCACAACUGGCGCUCUCCAAGAACCCGCUUUCUUCGUGGAGAGAUACGGGAAGAUGCUCACCGGAAGUAUGCAAGCACAGAUGGAUAAAUUGAUAGCACUUGGGUCGGAGCGGGGCAUUUUGGACGAACAUCGUCCAAUUCAGUGGGAAGGCGAAGGAAUGCGCUAUCAGGCUUGUACCGUUGCCAGAGGACAUAUCAUCGAGUUCCGCAUUCGGACGAGGAACAAUGGGUACAGCUUGGGAAGCGUGGCCAGGACUCUCACGCUGGCCCCUCGUCAAACCAAACGCAUCCACACGAUAGCGUGGUCCAGAUCGGAAAGGGCGCAACGGAGCGAACAACAGCGACUGGCCGACACAAGCUCUGAAGUGUCAACCCACAACACCUCGUACAGCGAUGUGGUUGCCUCGACUCUCAAAGAACAGCUAUCGGGGAGCUCUUCUGCGAAGGCUUCUGCUCAAGCCGCUGGCUUUGGGGGAGCUCUAGGCGGCUGCGUCUUCGGCGGCGGCGCUGUACGUGGAUCGGCGUCUGCUAAGAGCCAGCAAAAUGCUCGAAGAGACGCGACUGCAUCUGAGAAUACAAAGUGGAGGGAAGCUAUCCGAAGGCAAGGGGAUGCGGUUCGCCAAUACGAAACGACCGUAGUGGAGGAGGUGCAGGAGGAUGAGAAUGUGGAAGGCUCCACGGAAGUCAUCCGCAACAUCAAUUAUGCGCACAGCAUUACCGUCAUAUACCACAACAUCUUGCGCCACCUGAGGAUCGAUGUGGAUUUCGCCUCGGCUCGCGAGUGUUUAUUCGUGCCAUUUGCCAUGCGGCCAUUCAAUGAUCGGCGAGCAUAUCGAUGGAAAGACACCCUGGGAGCUGUCUUGUUAAAACCUCAGUACCUUGUCGGACUCGGAGCUCUCAAGCAGUGCUUUUAUCAUGGAAAUGGGCAAGAGCCGCCGACCACGACUGACUCACUGCAAAUGCUCCAGGGUUCACUGGGCAUCAAGCUCGUAAUCGCAGAACCGGCAGGCGACUCGGAAGGAAAGUUUUGCGCAGCAAAUUGGAAGUCUAUAGAAUCCCACCUGCCGGUCGCGGAAUCCCCGCAAACUAUUUGGACGAAGACCCACAAUAGCGCAGGAAGUAUGACGUUCCAAGCAAACUACGCGCCACUUUUGGCAUCCAAAUGGUUGUCCGAUUUCGCGCUUUAUGACAACAAUGGCCAGAAGUUCAACUCGGUGGUGUGGCGGUCGAAUGCGGCUCGGUACCAGUCUGACGGGACUGUGUGGGCAAGUUUCACUAUCACCUCCGAAAUUCCCGCCUCCGAAAGAAACCGACUGAAAGAGCUUUCUGUGAGGGCGACUUGGACGCUCCCCAGUGGCUCCACAGCCGAGAUCAAGUCGGUGGACCUCGAAUAUAAGUCGUCUUUAGCUACGGAAGUACGGACGUCCGUCGGCUCGAUUGAACAGCCGUUGCUUACCCUCUGGUCGCAAGGCGAGACCUAUAGCUCGGCAUUUAUAUCGUGCCCAGAAGAGGUGUACGGUCCUGGUAUCCAGUACGGCAACUCCGAAGAGGCGGUCACGGAUCUGGUUGACCAUCUCAACGCGAACCUCGAAUAUUACCAUAAAGCUAUUUGGUGGACCAUGGAUCGCGACAAACUCUUCAUGCUCCUCGACUCAAUGACAAUGUUGUACAACGAUCAGCAAGUGAGCCUGGCUAACAUCGUCGAGCGGGAUCCGAUUACGGUGGCGGGUAAUUGCCUCGUCUACCGGGUCUCUCCUGGAAUAUUCUUGGGGACUCCAGACGGAAGCAUCACCAGCACCGAAGAGCUAUACAAUUUGUACCAUCCCACAACAGUUUCCGAACCAAUGCAUAUCAGUCUGCCGACGGACGGAGUCUACGCUCAGACUCUUAUGGACGAGUGCGUCGCGCUCGAGGAGCACUACGGUAACCACGACUGGGCGUUGGCGGACAAGGAUCCUGAUCUCGGGACUCUAAGCUGGAGCGAACUCGCACCUGAGUCUAAAGUUGACACAAGCAAGCUCAAGCCCACGGAGCUCCCCAGUUCCAUCAUCAACUUUACCAACUUUAGUCCAGUACCCCAGGCCCAAGGAAUUGCAGGCGUGCUAGAGGCGGUACAGAAUGGCGAAGCAUUCAGGGACAUGACUGGUCUAGCAAAAACCCAAGAGCUGGUGCAAUCCUCAAUGACGGCCGCCGCAGGUCUAGCAACGAGCUUUGGAGAGCGCGCUGUUGCCCUGGCGCAACAAAGGCAAGCAGUGGACACCAUGGACCGGAAGAUGGCCUCCAUCGAGCGUGCGAAGGAGAAAGGUUUGAUAUCCAAGGAAGACGCAGCAAAGCUUACCAAUGAAGCGCUUAGCCAAUUCGGCGGUAAUAGCGUACCGAAGGCUGUGCACGAGGACCGGGCAAUCCAAAAGCUGCUCGAGGGCCUGAAAGACGAUAAAUCUUGUACGAAGAAAUUAUCUGUCAAGACUGCCGAAGGAGGUGAGGUAUCGAUCGAGACGGACGACAGGACCCCAAAGAGGCCGAGCAGAACCGAUCCAGGGGAAGAGCCAGGAGAGUCUGGCAGCCCAGAGGAGCCAACCCUCGAUCCAGAAACGGCAGGACGGGUUGAUGUGCGCGGCGCUCGACCGAAUUGGUCAAGCUUUGUCAGCAAAUACUGGACGUACGGGAAGAAGAACUCAUCAGACGUCCGUCAAGCGAUAAGGCCUGAGUGGGAAGGCAUUCGACUCUACCAAGACACAUCAUGCAUGCGUCUCUCUCAAGCCCUCCGCGAAACCGGCUGUCCAAUUCCUUCGAAUGCUAAUUCCGUCCCCGGAGUCAAGACUUUCUGGUCCGACAUCCAACAAGCCUACUACAUCAUACACCCUGAGUCUAUGAGAGAGUACCUUCUUCAUGUUUGGGCACAGCCGGGGGUUACGGUCGAGAAGAAGGUCGGUGAAGAUUGGGAUGCGAACAAGAUUGCGAAGCUCAGGAAGACGAAGGGCGUUGUAUAUUUUGAAAUGCCCGAAGGGUCGCCAGAUGCGCACUUUGAUCUGUGGGAUGGGACCAAUUUCAGCGCGGAGUUACAUGAGGAUGAGUGGAGUGGUAAUGCGAAGAGCUAUUGGAAGUUGGCGAGCAAGGUUUGGGUUUGGGCAUUGUCGUGAACACGGGUCGUGGGGCAGAAUACGGAAUAUGACGGCAUCAGAUUUCUGGUAGGCUAAACUGGCUUGAUUCUCUCAACACUGUCCAAUGAAAUGGUAAUGGUGGGAAUAAGCUGCGGCUAUUAUUUAGUGACCCCGCAAAACAAGCUUUGAGACGGCAACAUCAAGCUUUUAG